AUGCCCGUGAAUACAAAAUAUCCCGACGUCGCCUGCGAUCUUACCCAAGCCAUCCUGGCCUUCUUCGAUUCUGAUGCCGAUGAUUCCUUUUCCCCCAUAGCCGACGUCGGCGAGCUGCAUCUUCACCGUCGAUUUCCUCGACAAUCACCACUAGGUUGCAAUCCACCACCGCCUUCCUCAAUCGUCAAUCCGGUAGGUCAGGUUCAGAUUUCCUCGACAAUCGCCAACGAAGUACACCGCAAGAAUCAUCGUCGAGUUUUACAUAAAUUUUGUGUUGAGGUGUCUAUUGUGGUUAAGAUAGUGCAUAAACUUUAUGAAGAAUGGCAGCAGUCCAAGAAAAAGCUUAGCAUUGGUGUUAUAUCUCCUUAUGCUGCACAAGUUGUGUCAAUUGAAGAGAAACUUUGUUACAACCAGUCCUUUCAAGAAGAUAAAAAUCAUAUCAGCACUGGGAUUACAGGAACACUUGGAUAUAUGGCUCCAGAGUACAUACUGAAUGGUAAAUUAACAGAAAAGGUGGAUGUGUACAGCUUUGGUGUGCUUUUGCUUGAGGUGGUUACUGGAAUCUCAAACAGAAGAAUACAAACAUCAGAGGACACUCACAGCUUGCUUUGGAUUACGUGGUGUUGUUAUGUGCAUGGGAGUAACAAUUGGUGCUUAUGUACUCACCUUGUUUGUUAUAAAAUAUAACACGACGUGUACUUGGACUCAUCCUUGUUUCUCCUUUAUGCAAAACUCCUUCAUGGACAGAAUGGUUGUGUAACAAGGAUCUAAAGAUGGGCAUCUCUUUUUUGGGAUCUAGUGGAUACAUUUGUGGUUUUAAGUUUCCAAGCUCACUCCUUGUUGAUUUGGAAGAAACUGUGGUGAAUAUUGAAGAGAUGAAAAUGAUAAAUUGAAGAAAAUAAAGAAAUAUUGACACGACGACAUGAAAACGCUUUGAAAUUUGUAGCAUUUUUUAUAUUUUAUAUUUUAUUUUGUAUCGAAUAAAAUACUU